GAGCAGUAAGAGAUUGGAAUGAGAUGUUCAGUGCAGCAUCCCAAACCCUGAAGAAUAACACUCAGAUAACUACUGCUAUAAGUGGUGAUCCUGAGGAAGAAGACUUUUCCACGAAGGUAGGGCUUGUAUGCUUACAAAUCAGUGCCUUAACUUCUUUUGAAGGGACAGCUUCUUCUGGUGUAGUGGCUACAAAUCAAGGGGAAGUGAUACUGAAGCAAAGUAAUUACUGGACUUGGACAGCAAAUGACACAGAAGAUAUUCUCAAAGCAGUGAGGUGGGCAUUAAACAUUGCAGCUGAUCAAGAAUGGCCAAGAGUGCAUCUGUCUAAUAAAGUGAGAGUACCUUUGCUGCAAGAAGAGAGAUACGGAGACGAAUCUGUAAGAGGCUAUAUAUGUCGCUACCCGCUACGUCGAUCCGUGGAAAAUAAGAUCGCAACUCGAUCUGAUGCCCGAAAAAUUGUAAGA